UUCUUUAAGCUAUUUCCAUCCAAAUCUCUCAACCUAAGCAAUUUCAUACAUUGCCCAUCGACACAGCGCCGGAGCCGGCGGCCGAGCUUCCGUUGUGCACCAUGAGCAUGCUCGCAUCGAAGUUGAACACUUAUCUCUGCAGAAGAGAGCCUGUGCGGACCCUGCAAUUUCGCACUUUUUCAGCUUACAACGAAAGCGAGAUCGAGAAGGAGGCUGAAAGAAAAGUAGGAUGGUUAUUGAAACUAAUCUUUGCUGGGACUGCCACAUUUCUGGGUUACCAGAUUUUUCCAUACAUGGGGGAUAACUUGAUGCAGCAAUCUGUGGCGCUCUUGCAAGUCAAGGAUCCAUUGUUUAAGAGGAUGGGAGCAUCUAGAUUGGCUCGUUUUUCGAUAGACGAUAAAAGAAGAAUGAAAAUAGUGGAGAUGGGUGGAGCUCAAGAGCUCUUAAACAUGUUGGGGGCUGCCAAAGACGACCGCACGCGUAAGGAAGCUUUGAAGGCUUUACAUGCCAUCUCUCAUUCAGAUGAAGCUGUCAGUGCUCUGCAUAAAGCAGGGGCAAUCUUGGUUAUUAAAUCUACUCCGGAUUCGGUUGAAGAUACGAAACUGAACGAGUUCAAGUCCAACCUAAUAAAGAGAUUUGAAGAUCUUAGAUACGAUGUCUCGUCUUGACAUGUAAGAGUUUUAUUUAUUUCAUUUGUAGUUGUUUAGUGUGGGGGUAUCAAGAUGAAGCCAUGAAGCCUCUAAAGAUAUCACAAGGUUAUGAACUGCAUUCACUUCAAAUGAGUGGUGGAAAUUCAAGACGGGCGUUGUACAUUUUUUUACUGUCUGUUUUACAUUCUUGCAAAGCGGGUUUUCUCGGGUUGAGAUACUUUAUAAGUAGUUAUCUCGUCGUUGCGGGAACCUCUCCUGUUUAACAAAGCGGGUUUUCUUGGAAAGAAUUGAGAUGCUGAAACUAGCUUUGUUAUGCUUUUAGGAAUAAAAUUGAUGCAUCACCCUUUUGCUCA